UCGGCUGCAUUAUUAUUAUUAUUUUCCCCGCACUCGACGGUUGUACGCUCACCUGGCUGGAUGUGCUCUUUUAUUAGCACUGAUAACAUUUUUGCCCGACUGCCGCUAUUCUUCGGACCUUGGCUGCCAUUAUCUUUUCAAUGGACUAAUAUUGACUUGAUUGCCGGCGGACGCAGUCAAUACCCGUGUAGUUUCUCUCGCGGAGAACCGCUCCGGCGUCCACGAUGGACGGGUACCAAAGCGAGAGGCAGCCGCUGCUCGGCGGCCAAACCACCUUCCAGUACAUGCGCCCCAGGGCCAGGCGAAUGGUCAUCAGACGCAUGUGGUCCAGGGUAUUGCUCGAACUGCGUGGCGGCUACUCCAGGGUGAACCAACGUUAUCUGCGGAAGGUGAAUCGCCCGAAGGAUUUUGCGCCGAUGGAACGGAAGGACAGCAUGUUGUGGGUGAAAAUGCUGGCACAGUGCAGCAGUCCGUACAUCACGGAAAGCCAGUUCAUUCCCGACAUGGCCAUCAACGCCAUCGAAUCCGGCGGCCUUGCUGUUUUCUAAAAAGACUAUAUCAUACCCCUUAAAGUUCCUGACUCUUCGUUCAUAAUUCUUUGAGACUCUCUGUACAUAUAAAAACUAGGUUAUAAGUUGACGACUGAUCUUUGUAUUUGUGAUAUCGACUCAGUGGUGAAAAUUGGAUGCAAGCUCCCCAAGGCCCACCAAACUGCCCUCCGGGAUUGGAAUAUCUGACCAUGAUUGACCAGCUCCUCGUUCACCAGAAAGUAGAGCUGCUUGAAGCUAUGACCGGCUUUGAAACGGCAAACAAGUACUCGAUCAAGAACAGCAUGGGUCAGAAGGUCUACAGCGCCAAAGAGAGCAGCGGAUGCCUUGUGAGGAACUGCUGCGGCCCCAACAGGCCCUUCGACAUGAAAAUAUAUGAUAACUUUGGAAAUAUGGUCAUUCAUCUUCACCGUCCGUUCGCUUGCCAGAGCUGUUGUUGCCCAUGCUGGUUACAGAGCGUGGAAGUGACCGCACCUCCUGGAACCUUGGUCGGAACUGUGGAACAGAACUGGAGCAUCUGGACUCCUCAUUUCAGCAUUAAGGAUGCAGCUGGCAAUGUUGUACUUAAGAUCAAGGGCUCCUUCUGCACUUACAGCUUGUGCGGCGAUGUCGAGUUUAAGCUAUCUCAAGAACUGCAAGGGCCACCAAACAAAACGGAAGGAUUUUCGGCUUGUGGGAAAAAAUUCGGCCUGCCAGCUAUUUUGGAUUUUGGGGAACCUCAGGAAUCGGCGGCUGGCAGAGUUUUAGCAAUCCAAGCGCUGUACACAAUCACUUCCACUUUGGACCCAACGGAAACAAUGGAAACAACGGGAAUAGUGGAAACGGGAAUGGAAACCACGAAAUGGGAACCAUGGAAAUCACGGAAAUGGAAACAACGGGUAUUGGAACGGAAACGGGUACGGAAGCGGAAAUUGUCCCAGAUGUUCAACUGGCAAGAAUGUCCCAGUGAAACACGCUAAGGCUUCCACCACUAA